AUGGAACUGUGCAAAAUUCAGUUUGUAUUUGGUGAUGAGUUGCUGAAAUUAAUUUGUAAUGUACAAGAGUUACAAGAAGUCUGCAUGGAGUUAUAUCUUAAGAGGACAUGGAAAUCUAUCUCAGCUUUGUUAGUGGAAGAUGGUUGCAAAGAUAUGGAGGAUGAGGUUCAGUUUUCAUGGAUAUAUAGGUUGAAAUUGAAUGCACGGGUGGAAUUGUUUAUAUGGCGUCUGUGUAUGGACACUAUUCCAACAGAAGCCUUUUUGUUUAGGAGAAGAUUAACAGAAUCUCUGUUAUGUCCAUUGGGAUGUGUUGAAUUAGAAUACGUCAACCAUAUUACAACAAAAUGUUCUAAGCUAUUAAAGGAGAUUGAGGUACUUAGAGGUUGGGGAUUCAGUAUUCCAGAAUUUGAAGAUUGGAAGGAUUGCUUUAUCUGUCCUAUGAAGCUAAUGGAUUCUAAUCUGCUGAUGGUUAGGAUCUAUUUUACAUUAUUGUGGUUUGUUUGGAAUAAUAAAAAUAGAGUGAAGCGUGAAAAAUCUAAGGAAAGUAAUGUGAUGAUUGUAGUUUCUAUGUUUGGUUUUAUUGGCUCAGGUAAACAGUCUUUGAUUCGGUCGGAUCACUGGGUUGCCAAUCCGUCUGUUGGACUGUUCCUUGACAAAUGGCAACCUCCUCCACCCGAGUGGGUUAAGAUAAACCUUAAUUCUUCCCUUAAAGGUUAUUAUGAAGCAGGUACUGGAGGUAUUGUGAGGGAUAGCAAAGGAAGAUUUGUUUUAGCAUUUGGUUUGGGAAAAGUGCAUUGGGACAUUGCUCAAUUAGAUCUCUUAGCAUUUUCAUCACUCAAAGAGGUGUUGCAAGGAAGGCUACAAGAUGUUAAAGGUAUUAUUGUGGAAGGAGACAAUAAGAAUGUUCUCAAUAUUCUACAAAACAUUGUACAGCUUACCGAAGAAGAAAGUUAG